AAAAAAUUUCAUUGUAUGAAACAAACUAACAAGAAGAAAAAAUAAAAAUAAGAAAAAAAGUUAAAAAAAUUGUACUCAACAAUAGCGAAGGAAUAAGUGAUCGUUCGUUAACUUUAUUUAUGCGACAGAUAGAUUUGUUGUUGCUUUUCCCGACACGGAUCUUUUGAUAUUGUAAACUUUUGAGCUAACAUUUUUUCUUUAAAUAUAAAUCGCAUUAAUUGAAUCCAUUAAAAUGGAUAUAAAAAAUAUGUCCGAUUACUUUAAAGCCAAUUGCACGUUUGGUAAUAAAAAUGAUUCGAUUAAACGCGUUAUUGAUGCCGGAUAUGGGCUUUCGAAGUUAUAUCCAAACACAAAUUUUGUCCAUAAAAUGGAAAAUAUAUCAAAGAUUGCACCAUUAAUAACCCAAACACCGAAUGAUGCCGCUUUCACUAUUGAAUUAAUUACCGAAGAAGAUACUGAUGGUGUACUGGAAAUGCUUAAAACAUAUUUCUUUAAGGAUGAACCAAUAAAUACUUUCCUUAAUAUUGGCGAAUGCAAAGAAUUGGAAGAAUUCUCUUUAAAAUGCUUAAAAGAUAAUUGUUCCUAUAAAGCUGUUACUAAAGAUAAUGAAAUUAUCGGAGUAUUUUUAAAUGCUCUAAUGUAUCGUCCGGCUGUAGAUGCUGUUCCUGAAAAGGCUGCUGAUGACUGCGAACAUCCAAAAUUUAAAAAGGUUCUUGGCCUUAUGGAUUAUAUAGAAGAGAAUUUUAAUAUUUUCGAUUUAUAUCCGAAUACGGAUGUCAUAUUGGAUGGUAAAAUUGUAUCAGUUAAUACAAAUUAUCGUGGAAUGGGUAUUGCAGGCAUGUUGACUGAAAAGACUUUGCAAUAUAUGCAGAGUCAUAACAUUCCCGUAAUGCAUGUCCUAUGUACAAGUCAUUAUUCGGCACGAGUCUUGGAGAAGUUGGGAUUCCAUGAAGUUUACCGUCUCAACUACGACGAUUAUAAAGUAAAUGAUGAAGUUGUCCUCAAACCCAGCGAACCUCAUGUUGCGGCCCGUAUUUUAGUUAAGGAAAUUGCUGAUCUAAAGAUCAAUAGUAACGGUAAAGCCUAAAUUAAUGAGUCAAUUAGCAUAAAAAAGAUGUUUCUAUUCCUUCUCAAUUAUCAAUCGAUCAAUUGAAUCGCUCGCUUGAUCGAUUAACUGUUAAACGGUUGUUUUCGUUGCAUUGCAUAUUGUUAAUAAUAAUCAAUUAAAACUUUGUAAAUUG